CUUUUCAGGGGGCCCAGAAUUCCUGGUGACGCCCCUGAUCACCACUGCGACAUGAAGACUCACACCUGGAUUAAUUAGACGGUACCGCCUUCCUGUACAGGGAUUGGCCAGUAUUCCUGUGCUGUGAUUGGCUUAUUCGUGUGGCCGUAAAGUUUCUCGUGUUCGCUCUCUACACCAGAGAAGUUACCUCGAGGACAGUGGAAGCCAUGAGGCAACUAGACAGUCGCGCGAGUUCCUUGUUAGCUAGCUACUGGUUAGCCCAAUUGCUAGCAACAGAAAUGACUUUAUUUAAUACGUUACAACUAAAAGUUAUCCAAACCUCAGCUUGUUUGAUUGGAAUUAUGUGCGGUGUGCUCUAUACAGCGGACGGAAGAAAUAAUACGUCAUUUCCUUUAAGCUGUGCAGUCUCUGAACAGCCUGAAUGACCAGAUUGCAAACUUCAUGGUGACUGGACCAAAGCCUGUGGAGCAGGAGGAGCCUCCCUUUCGCCCGCCUGAGAAGGAGUCAAUGCAGAAGUCCAUGACCCUGAUGAGGCACCUCCUCGUGGAUGCACAGGCAAAAAUCCUGAAAAUGAUGGAUGACAACAAGCAGUUGGCUCAACGCAUUGAUGGGGCCAUCCAGUCCGCCAGCCAGGAGGUGACCAACCUGCGGUCAGAGCUGAGCGCCACCAGCCGCAGACUGGCCGAGCUGGGGGCAAGCGACUCUGCCGGCAUGGUGGAGGCACAACUGCAACACAACCACAACGAUCCCUCCUCCCAGCCAAGGCAGAAGCCGCCAGCCACUGACCUCUGCUACAAGACUGAAAUCAGCAGCUUAAUGGACUUCAACUCUCCUGAUGCCUCCCUAGACAAAGUCCUGCUGCGCGAGGAGGUGGCCCAGCUCCAGGAAGAGGUGCACCUGCUGCGGCAGAUGAAGGACAUGUUGAGUAAGGACCUGGAGGAGACCCAGGGAGGCUGCUCGGCCGACGUGCUCUCCGCCACCGAGCUCCGUGUGCAGCUGGCACAGAAGGAGCAGGAGCUGGACCGAGCCAAGGAGGCUCUGCAAGCCAUGAAGUCAGACCGCAAGCGUCUGAAGGCAGAGAAAGCAGACCUGGUAAACCAGAUGCAGCAGCUUUAUGCCACACUGGAGAGCCGGGAGGAGCAGCUCCGUGACUUCAUACGCAACUAUGAGCAGCACAGAAAAGAGAGCGAGGAUGCGGUGAAGGCGCUGGCUAAAGAGAAGGACCUGCUGGAGAGAGAGAAGUGGGACCUGCGGCGGCAGACAAAGGAAGCAACAGAGCACACUGGGAUGCUGCGCUCCCAGCUGGACCUCAAGGAGAACCGCAUCAAGGAGCUGGAGGCUGAACUGGCCAUGGCCAAACAGUCACUAGCCACCCUGACCAAGGACGUGCCCAAGCGUCACUCCCUCGCCAUGCCCACGGAAACAGUCGUAAAUGGCAACAACCAGGAGUGGGUGAUGCAAGCUGACCUCCCGCUGACUGCUGCCAUCAGACAGAGUCAGCAGACCCUCUAUGUCCACACGGGACACCCCAUUGACAGACAAGUGGCUGCCGUGCGGGUGAGUCCAUGUCACUCGCGUCAGCCCUCCAUCAUCUCUGAUGCCUCGGCGGUGGAGGGAGACCGGUCAUCCACACCAAGUGACAUCAACUCACCACGCCAUCGGACUCACUCCCUCUGCAAUUCCCUAGAAGAUCUGGAGGAGGCGAAGCGUAAGAAGAAGAAAGAGAAGAUGGGGCUGGGCUCUCUGUCGCGCGUCUUUGCCCGGGGAAAGCAGCGCAAAUCCCUCGACCCUGGUUUGUUUGAUGGUACUUCAACGCCUGAUUAUUACAUAGAGGAAGAUGCAGACUGGUAAAAGCACACAUGGCCGAGCGAGCCACCUGGAGAGCCUUUGUGGCAAUUAUCAGAAGACAGCAUUGUGUUUGAGCGCGUGUGUGAGCGACUGAGUGUGUGUUUGAUGUCAGGGUGUACAGAUACAAUGAUGUGUGUGCCUGUGCAGCCUCACAUGCAUUCUUACUUAACGUGUGUAUGUGUGAGUGUGUGUGCAUGAGUGUGUCACCCAUGGUCAGAGGCCAUGUCCGAAGCUGGAGGCGGGUCUUGCUUCGCUGAAGUGUAAACCUUAACGAGCAAAUUGCACCUGUAUGUAUGUACAGUCCUGUAAAUAGAGUGGACAGUGACACAGCAACCAUGUGGAUAUGUUCUAUUGGAUCUGCCCUCCAAAGCGGCUGUGUUAUCGGAUCUUUUAAUUGUUCUUUACACUUUGACUUUUUGUUUUCACUCAACUGGAAACUUGAAGGACUGCUGUACUUGUAAAUAACAACAGUUGAUGUGCACUUUGUGCGUGUAAAUGUCUCCUUGUCCUGAAUGCCUUUUGUUAUUUUGGACAUGUACUCCCUCCUCUCACUACCUUUUAACUUAAACUCCUCCCUGUUGGUCGUCCUGCUUGGUCCAUCCCCCUCCUCCCACACUGCCAUGAUGAGAACAGUUUCCUGUAGGCAACAUGCAGACUCCUCUAAAACAACUCUAAUUCGGUUUGUACAACAAAUCCCCGAACCGCCAUGAAAACUGCACACCCCUUGAUGUUUGCUCAAAUGAGACUUCAAAGACUCUGCUAAGCGAGGAACGAACUUUCUAUGCAGAACAGUUUGUUCCACAGCAACAUGAAGCCAAACAGGAAAUGUAGAGAAUGUGUUUUCUAUCUGUUGAGAUAGAAGGUACAUGUUCGAGGUACAUGUGUGACAUGCAUGCAUAGUCCCAGCUCCCAACGCAUGUUAAAAGAAACCCUACUAAACAGAAAUGUCUGGAUAUGCUGUCGAGGAGGUCUGUUUAAAAAAAAAAAAAAAGAGAGGUCAGUUACUGAUUUCAUAUUUUUUCAUGAUCCCCUUCUUUUCAAAGUAAGGUAUUACAUUUAUUAUUCAGAAAACAUCAUAAUUUAUGUUCAAGAGCUUAACAUCUCAAAUUAAACCUAAAAAAUGUAUGCUGAUUUGCAUUUGAAAAAGGAAAUGUUGCAGGUCAGUAGUCACAAAGAAAUUCCAACACUUCACUUUAGAUAAUUAAGGAAUGAUUCCAGUUAUUCAUGAGGCUUUGUAACGUUUUCCUCUGUUGGAUUCCAAAGAAGCUCGUAGCUUUUCUGUUUUCACGCUUGAAAAGGCUGCUGGGAGUAAAAUUAUUCAGGGAGUCUAAAAAGAGGAAGCUAUUAUCACAAAAUAAGUGAAAGCUUACACGUAAAUUACACUAACACAUCAGAUGAGUGGUCAUUUUACCAGAAAAAGACAGUACACUCAGAGGCCUGAGCAUAGAGCAGACAUUAAGUGAACUGUCCUAUCAAUACAGAGUGCCAACUCAGGAGGUUAAAAAUCAGAAUUAAGUAGGCUGGUCAAACUGACGCAGAUGCAUGCCUUUUCCCAUGACCUCAUGAACUCACCACAAAUUCAGAUGCAGAGUUCAGGCGAUUGCUGAAAAAAGCAAUUAACUCUGUGCCAAAGGUUAAUAGCAUUUCUUCAAGUAAAAGAAUAACUACAGACAUUGGAUUAUUUUUGCCCUUUCACUGGAUUGAGACGGAGUCUGCACUGCCACCCCCAGGAAAUCUUUUCUCUCCCUGAUAUUUGACUAACACUGGGUAUUUGUCAGUCUCCUCUGAAACACUACAGAGGCAAAGAUUACAUUGAAGCUGUAUUUAACCACAGAGCUCGUCAAAAAGAGAGAGUGUCCAUGUAGGCAGUGGGGGGGAUUAUUAUUUAACCCUUAGCUCAACCUACAUUUGGGUUUCCAGAUAUUGGAUUUAGAGGUGAAGCACUGAGGGAAUUCAUAAAAGAGUCAUCAUGUAUUAAAUUGUAUGUAUAAAACAACAGCUCAGCCAGUUUAUUUCAGUAAACAUUCAAUGAAAUGUAUGAAAAUGUAGGCUAUUUUAUUUUUGCAUUUAAUCAACAGUUAUGAUCCUCAUCUGACGGGGAAAAACAUAUCAAACAGAAAAUAGUGUAUGAUUUUUAUGUUUUGAGCCAUGGUCUUUUUAUUUUUUUUAUUUUCCAGAAAUAUUUUCCUCUUUGUAAAUGAGACCACAUUACAGAAACAAACUAUUAUUGUUAUUACAGAGUUUUAUUUAAAGUCCAAGAUGUAGGCCUCAGUGGAGGACUUCUAUUGUGAGGCCCUGAGAUGUUUAGAAGUGGAUAGUAGCUUUUAACUUUUAAAGGCAUGGCAACAAAAUCACGCUCAAAAGAACUAAAGAAGAAGAAUAAGAUUAUUUUAAAAUAAAAUAAAUAAGGUUGAAUUUC